GCCAUUUUCUGUCAAGCUCAAUCAAGUCAGCUUCGGUUCUGUUAGUCGCUGUGUUUGUGUAUAGUGGGAUGAAAAAUUAUUUGUACCGAUGAAUAUCAAUGGGCAAUUGUGUUGAUUACGAAGCCAAAAUAUGGCUCGUUUAUUGUGUUUGUGGCUCUAAUGCACCCUUCUAUCAGUGAUGAUGGCCGAGUGAUUGAUAAAGUGAAGUGUUUUGUGUCGUAUGCUGAUCUGCGGCAGCAACAUUGAGCUCCUUUCUCUGGAUAUAUCGUCCGUAAGACGACAUCGAAUCACAGAAUCGGGAAAAACGUUUCAUCAUGUCGUCAAAAAACAUCCCUGGAGACAAGAUAAAUCUACGGUUAAUCCUGGUGUCGGGCAAGACAAAGGAGUUCGUGUUCAGUCCGGUGGAUUCGGCUGGCGACAUAGCGCUACACGUUUACGACAAUUGGCCUGAAGCGGACUGGUCGUCGGAGUGCGUGUCGCGCGCGGAGAUCCUGCGGCUGAUAUACCAGGGCCGCUUCCUGCACAGCUCGGUGACGCUCGGCGCGCUCGGGCUGCCGCUCGGCCGCACCACCGUGAUGCACCUCGUGCCGCGCGAGCACCUGCCCGAGCCGAACUCGCACGAUCAACGACAGAAAAGUAAAGGUGGCUCCAGCAGUUGCUGUUCGGCGUCCUGCUGCAUAUUGUAAUGCGAGCGCCACGGGACCCUAAUUGUGUUCACAGUUCACACUCAGUGAUCGUAGGCAGACUCGACGGCGGGUGCACCGGACUCUUGUGAUGUUUUUAAAAGACUCGCUUAUUUGUAAGAGAUUAUCCACUUAGAUAAUUUCGUUUAGUUUAUUUUCUAAUUAAUACGCUAGCACUCGGAGGCGAGAGACGUUUCGAUCGAGCACAAAAUUCGUAAGAAAUUCACGCACACGUGGGGAUGCUAUUAAAAAUAUCGCAAGCGGCUUUGGUUUGUUUUCACGUUGCUGCUGUCUGCGCUGCCAGUAGAUUUUGCCGGAGUUUUAGUGACAAAUUAUUGCGUUUAUAUAGGGGUUGUUAGAUGUAUCUUAAGGCAUUAUUAACGCGGUUUGUUGGAAAAUCUUAAGGCUGAAUUCAAUUGGUGGAAAGGACGGUUUGCCAGCGUGAAAAAAAAAAACUAAACGUCAUUGUCAUUCGACAGCUAGAGCGUGACUCUCACCGCGUUAGCUCAUUAUAGGUUAUAAUGCUGCCGUGUUUAGUAGGUAGUCGGUAAGUAACAAAAAAAUUGAAUGUAUAAAUGGAACGCGAUUGUAUGUAUAGUUCCUCUAGAUCGGCUUGUAUGUUCGUUCGUAUAAAUUCUUAAGCCAUCGAUAUGAAUUUAACGCAGAUAUUUAUAUAUUAAUAUUACGAUAUGUGGAUUUCAGUCGUGUCUGCAUUGUAUAUAGUAUAAUACUUGGUUACGAUAAUUUUGUGAUAAGUUCUUGCAAUAUUUUGGAAGUUUCUUUUUUUUAUUUUUAAAAUUGGUUAUUUACGUUGCUAGCUGUUGCUUGAAUGGAGUUUGGCUAUUACCUUAAUAAUUAUGCAUUAUAUAUAUUUGAACGCAAACACGGCGACUGGUUGUAAUAUUGAGAAAAAUUUUAGUAUAUUCAUAUAAUUUUAUUUUAGAUUUUCUUUUCAUCUUAAUAUAGCCGAGUUUCUGGUAUUUUAAUGAACAAUAAUUAAUUAAAAUAUUAUCUCAAUAGUCUACCGCCAUUUUAGUGAUUAAAAAACAUUUUAGAUUAAAAUUAAACGACUCAGUGCUUAGGUUUAUGGGUUGCAAUAAUGCAAAUAUUUUCGAAAUAACUCUCAGUGUUACCAGACUCCAAUAAUUGUAAAUACAAACUUUAUAUUAUUACUUAUACAUCACAAUAUAUUAUGUAGCGUUCGUUAUAUCGGCUUAUAUGAUUUAGAUAUAAAUUUGUUUUAUUUUUUUAUAAUUGGCUAUAUUAUUUGAGUUUGGCUAAGCCGUAUUUUAAGCUAAUAAAUUUCACUAUCCAUCCUGUCUUUUAAACAUUUUGUGAUAUAGUACAAAUAAAAUUAUUUACGGACAGACAGAAGUAAAGAUAAAUUUUAGAUGUAUCAGAAACAGUAUUAAGGGGAACUGAUUAUUUUUUGACCUCUAGUGGACGUAGGAGUGUAUAGCUGAUUUUACUAAAUAAACAAUGAAUUUAAAUUAAUUGUAACUGAAAUUCAAUUUUUUUUUCUUGCCAGAUCUAAUAAUCAAAUAGCACCUUCAAAAUCAGCAGUAUAUUCCCAAAUCCAAAUAGUAUGAAUGUAUUUUUUUUAUUUGGUUACUCUGUUUAGUUGCUGUAUGUAUUUUGUUAAGUUGUGUAAAAAUAUCCUAGUUGAUAAUUAAAGUAAAAUAACAAAUUGAUUUGCAUUUUUAAUUUUCGCUUGUUUUCCUCCUUUGUAUAUAGAUGGCGUUUUAAUAAAUUGCUUAUAUUGGAUUUUUUAUUUUUAAUACGAUCAUUUUAUUAUUAUAAUUUGCUUGACAUAUCGCUUAUUUAUUAAAUUGAUAAGUAUCAUAAAAUUUUUAAUUACUGUUAAUGAAUGUAACCUGUAAAGUGUUUAAUGAAUUAAUACCUAUAAUCUUACUUAUACGUCCACGGCAAAUGAACUAAAAUCGUAUAUUUUGUUAACUAUAAGCACUUCCAUAACCACUGCUUUUAAAAAUCUAAAUGUUAAAUUUAGUGGGUCGGCGACAAUAGAGUGGACUUAGAAAUAAGCGAGAUAGGGCUAAAACUCGACUUAAAAUGUGUUUCCAUACAUAUUAAACCGUCUUUGUAUAUACGCUCUGUCUGUUUAUUAUUCUCUUUAUAAUUAUGCACUCCGAAUUCGGGCUAAGUAUGUAUAGACAAAUCGUAAGAUAGAUCGGAUUAAGGCGAUAUGGUAGUAUAUAGUUCGAUGUCUUCACCGUAUUUUAAUAUUUCCAUAGAGUAUUUCCGUAAUUACGUGAUAUUUGGAGCCACUUAUUUAUUAUACCAUUAUGCAGAUUAUUAUUGAUACAAAUUUAUUUUGCUAAUUUAAAUUACGAUAAUUACGAUAGACUACGAAUAAUAAUAUCAAAACCAGGUAUUGUAAUGUCGCGCUACGAUUUCUGGUUUUGCUAAUAUUAUUACGAGGUAUUGUAGAUUAAACCUAUAUGCGUAAAAUAAAAUUUCCCCAAACCGAAAUAUUGAACAAUUUCAAACAUCGUUUUAUAGAUCGUCGACAAAAUGGUGGCAUCCAAACGAAUGUAAAUAAUAAAUUUACUUUAGUCAAAUCUAGCGUUAAUUUUAGCUUCGAUACUCGAGCCGUUGUAUGUCUGUGUGACCUAAAUUUUAUAUCGGCUGACUAGUUAAUUAAAAUUUGGCAAUAUUUAAUUUUUAUUAGUCUGAUUGGAUGUAGAUAAUUUUAAACGCAAUUGAUGAUACAAAACAAGGUAAUGCAAGCUGCGUUGUUGGGAAUAUUAUAUGUCUUCUUUCAUUAUAGUACAACUAUAUUUUGUUGAAUGAUUGAUAAAUUAAAAAUACUCGAAAGUUUUAAUCAUUUAUCAACUUGCAAAUAAUUUAACACUGACUUGUUAACUUCUGAAAGUCUUGAUAAUAUAUUAGACACAAUUUUUUCGCGUAUUAGUAAAAUUUAAAAUGCCAACGCAUAUUUUAAACUUGAUUUUAUCUAAAUAGUUGAAGCGUACAACGGUGAAUAAAAUAGGUGUCUCUGUAUAACAGGUUUACAUAAUCUAUAUAAUUGUUAAUAUAAAUUAUAAUAAUGUUGAUGACUUGGUUGGAAGGUAGGUUUGCUAUCGGUUUGUGUGAUUAAGUAUAGAUAGUUUUAUAAUUAUUGAAACACUAUAGGUUGUAUAUUGUUUCAGCGAUUGAGUUUCGAUGGGGUCAAAUAAAAUUUUAAGAAUG